AUGGCCUAUCUUCUUCUUUAUGUGGACGACAUCAUUCUCACUGCGUCUUCUGAUAAUCUUCUUACUCGACAUGAUGGUGGUUUGUUCUUAUCUCAGAAAAAGUAUGCAGAUGAAAUUCUUGAGCGAGCAGGCGUGUCAUCACGCAAAUCAUGUCCCACUCUGGUUGACACUAAACUGAAGCUUAGCGCCAAGACUAGCACUCCCUAUGAAGACCCAUCAUUAUACCGUAGCCUUUCCGGUGCUCUCCAAUACCUCACUUUCACGAGACCCGACAUCACAUAUGCGGUACAACAGAUAUGUCUUUUUAUGCAUGACCCCAUGGACGAUCACAUGCACUCUCUUCGAUGCAUUUUGCGUUACAUUCAGGGAACCAGUCACUAUGGUUUACAUCUCUAUCCAUCAUCCAUUACAUCGUUGGUCUCUUACACAGAUGCUGAUUGGGGAGGAUGUCCUGACACUAGACGCUCUACCUCAGGAUAUUGUGUUUUUCUUGGAGACAACUUACUAUCGUGGUCGUCCAAACGUCAACCCACAUUGUCUCGAUCCAGUGCUGAAGCUGAAUAUCGUGGAGUUGCCAAUGUCGUCUCUGAGUCAUGUUGGUUACGUAACCUACUUCUCGAACUACAUUGUCCGAUACAUAAAGCUACUAUGGUGUACUGUGACAACAUUAGUGCCAUAUAUCUUUCUGAUAAUCCUGUUCAACAUCAACGUACAAAACACAUCGAGAUGGAUAUUCACUUUGUACGUGAAAAAGUAGCUCGUGGACAGAUAUGCGUCUUGCAUGUUCCCUCGUGCAAUCAAAUUGCGGAUAUAUUCACCAAGGGACUUCCCUUAAUACUCUUUCAAGAUUUCCGAGACAGUUUAAGCGUACGCCAACCUCCCGCUUCAACUGCGGGGUGUGACAGAACAUGA